CCUAUCCAAAACCACCGUAAUUUGUGGAAAGUAGUGGGGUGGAAGGUACCAGACAGACUUAUCAUCUCUUCGUUUUCCGUAGACAUUCGCUGUCGUUGUCGUAACCGUGCGUCGUGUUAAAUAAUCUUAAUCUGCCUUGGAAACCGUAGGGUAUCGCCAGCCGCUUUCACUUCGAGAAGAUAACGGGAAGCACGCACCACCACACGAUGGAGAUUGAAAUUUUGGACGCGAAAUCGUCGAAAUCGCUCGGCAAAUGUCGCGUGUCAGGCGACACGACACUGCAGUCGCUGAAGAGCGAGGUGCAGAGGCUGAAACCAUCGCUGACCGUGCACCGGCAGUCACUCCGCCUGGAACCGCGCGGUAAGGCGCCGAAGGAAAGCGAAACCCUGCAAUCCCUUGGCAUCACCGCCGGUGGCAAGGUUUACGUGCGCGACCUGGGCCCUCAGAUCAGCUGGAAGGGUGUCUUCCUGGCCGAAUACGCGGGACCGAUCUUCGUGUACCUCAUCUUCUUCCAGCGCCCUUCAUUUAUCUACUCGAAUGCUUCCGCUCCGAUGAGCCAAACCGCAACAAUUGCUGCCGCUUGUUGGGUCGCACAUUAUGCAAAACGUUUGCUGGAAACGCUUUUCGUACACCGCUUUUCUCACGCGACGAUGCCCCUGAGAAAUCUGUUCAAGAAUUGCUCCUACUACUGGGCUUUCGCUGGUUAUGUCGCAUACCACGUCAACCAUCCGCUUUUUACGGAACCGUGCCAGGCGAUGGUGUACGCCGGUUUGGCAACCUUUGUGGUCAGUGAGCUGGGCAACUUCUCCAUUCAUCUACUGCUGCGCAACCUUCGACCGGCCGGUUCGACCGUGAGGAAAAUCCCGGUGCCGGAUGCAAAUCCACUGACGCAGCUCUUCAACUUCGUCUCAUGCCCGAACUACACCUACGAGUUCACCUCGUGGGUCGGUUUCACGUUGAUGACGUCGUGCAUUCCGGCCGGACUGUUCGCGGCCGCUGGCAUGUACCAGAUGACUAUGUGGGCUCUUGGCAAGCACCGUAACUACAAGAAGGAGUUCAAGGACUACCCAAAGAACCGCAAGGCUAUCCUUCCUUUCGUACUGUAAGGCAGAAAAUGAGCGUUCCGUGGGUUGGCCGACAUCCUCCCUAUCCUCUCUAGGAGAGGCUUACAUUGGGAUUCGCUCCGUGCCCAUUGAGAGAUUUCGUUUUUGCAUUUGUACCGGGUUUUUUAGAGUUUGAUGUUUUUUUUUCAUUUUGUUAAUGGUUGAGGUGUGAUUUUUGUGAAAAUGGUUGACACUUAUAUUUUAUUGAUUCGUUCGUUUACUCACUUUUCCCAGCAUAUUUCCUGUUCCGAAUGGUCGAAUGAAUGCGCAGUGCAUCAAUGCUCACUCUCACUAGAAUUAAUUUCGCUGAAGCAAUUAGUUAUCAUUUUGUUGUUGUUAGCAACAAAUCAGCAUUUAUUUAUUAUCGAGUGCCGGUUCAUCUUGCGUCUUGCACUGCACGUCCGUGUUCAAUUGACUUCGUUUUGGGCAGAAAUAGAACGAACGUAUGACGAACACAAUUCAGUCGCCAAUCAUUCCUUGCUGGCAAAUUGCGGACAAAAAGCAAAACUAAAUAAAAAGAAACAAAGUUAUAAGAAACACUACACUAAGAUGCGAUUAAGGGGGAAAAGAGCUAAAUAAAUAAACACAAUUACAAGACUGUA